AUGGACAUGAGCCUCGAGCACUCGAGCUCUGCCUCCUCCUCGUCCACGACCGAGCGCGGCGGGACGGCGUGGCCGUGGCCGCCGAAGCGCCCCGCGGGCCGCACCAAGUUCCGGGAGACGCGGCACCCCGUGUUCCGCGGCGUGCGGCGCCGUGGGAACGGCGGCCGGUGGGUCUGCGAGGUGCGCGUCCCCGGGGACCGCGGCACACGCCUCUGGCUCGGGACGUACUUCACCGCCGAGGCCGCUGCGCGCGCGCACGACGUCGCCAUGCUCAUGCUGCGCGGCCGUUCCGCCGCGUGCCUCAACUUCCGGGACUCCGCGUGGCUGCUUUCGGUGCCGCCCGCCUUCUCCAACCUCUCUGAUGUCCGGCGCGCGGCCGUCCAGGCCGUCGCAGACUUGCUGCGCCGCCCGGAGGCCACCAGUGCCGCUGCGGCGGUCGAGGAAGUCGCCUCCAGCGUGGCCGUCCCGUCGUCGUCGGCGUGCAGUGUCCCCUCGUCCGAGACGGCGCAAACCUCCGGUGAUGCCACUUUUGAGGCGCCAGCCACAUUACAUAUGGACAUGUUCGAGCUCGACUGCUUGUUUGGGGAGACGGACUCGGACACGUACUACUACGCGAACCUUGCGCAGGGCCUGCUCAUGGAGCCACCGCCUACCAUGGCCACCGGGGCGUACUGGGACAAUGGAGACUGCGCAGACGGCGGAGCCGGAGCUGAUGUCGCGCUCUGGAGUUACUAGGACGUUUGUAGCUAGAACCAAGUGGUAGCCUGGUAGGAUAGAUGCAAUGCAUAGCCUUAAUUUUAUAUUUAGACUAAUUAAACUAACACAGUAGCCCUCUUAGAGAUGGAUAUAUUCAUAAAAUUGUAACAUUGAGAUUUAUUUUUUCAUAAACAUAUGCCUGUUAUGAGAAAUUGUUGAUCAUAUGUUA